UAAAACGUAGAGCAAUUUAUUUCCAAGACAUUUAUUGUUACCUUGAACAUACUGCCUUUGCGCAGCCACUUCCCUUUUUAGUUUAGCUUUCCCUCCGUCUCCUGAGUACGUUUACCCUUCCUGUGAAAGCUGCAGUCAGCGUUAAUCACUUACUCUUUGGUGGUACUAAUAAGCUGCUCACAACAACUUAAAUUGUAACUUGCAUAAUCGGCGUUUCAAGCAAAUAUUGAUUGAAAGAAUAUGCCUUUCCUAUUAGUGCUGUGGUUGCUGGAAAGAAUAAUUGAUUGUCUUUUAAAUAGUUAACAUAGCUGAUAUGCUGCCCUUCAAAGUGUUACACUGACAACUGAACAGUCCGAUGCCAAAUAUCAGAAUACAGCAUUGAUCUGUAGCUGGUAACUUUUUUAAAUGGUAGUGUCUGCUACAUAAUUUAAAGGGGUAAUAGGUUAAGUGCUCUGGAAGAAGAGGUAUAGCUGUACAAACAAAAAGCACAGAAUUGCCUUACCUUUCUGAAAAUUACAGACAAGCCUCACUGGCAGUUGUGUAGUUGUGCUGCAAGAUCUGUCUUUUUUUUGGAGAGAAGAGCUGAUCAAAAGACAUCUCUGCUAAAUAUGUUCUUAUUAUCUGUUUAAGAGCCUUUUUUUAAACAGUUAACAUGUAACUAUGGUGUUAGUGUGUUAUCUGGGCUAGCAAUGGGAAAAGAGAAUGUCUGAGUACUGGUUUUCCUUGGGCACCUCUGAACACUGCUUUGUGUUUCCCUGGUAAAAGAUAAUCCUUGGAAAAGAAAACAUAGUCCCUUGGUUAAAUUGCAUGUGCAAGUAGAGCAAUCUGACUGCAUGUUCUUGUCAGUUCUGUACUUUGUCUUUAAAAUUUUCCCUGCACAGGUGUGUUAUUGGUCUGUGGAAAACCUUCAUAGCCCUUUACAUGGAAGGCUGCAUGCAGUCUAAAGUGAAGAUUUUCUGCACAUCAGCAGAAAAAGGAGAGCUUGUGACCUGUGUUGAACUAGUUCAGAUUUGCAAAGUACAACUGGCUUUACAAACUUACUGCAAAUAUCAGCUCUUGUAAUGAUUUCUGAAAUUCUGAUUAUUUCCUAAUAGCAAGUUAUAUGCAGGCAUGAAUUAUUAUAAUCCUUAAAAAAUUUCACAAAACUAUUAAGGAGGGGAGUUACAGCUUUGGUACUACUUGUUGCUCAAUGUGUUGCUUUUGAAAUUGCUUUCAUCUUGAGACUGAUAGUCUGCAAUAUGAUCUGUAACCAGCUCCUGAAUCUUUAAGGCUGGGUUAGGUGCCUUCUCUGCAGUUUCCUGCUUUAUUUUGCAGUUGAACAUUGUUGUGUUCACAGCAAACUCUAACUGCUUUGCGUCAGUAGUUCUUAUAACUUGUUGAUCUUGGAAAUUCAUUCAUAAUUACAUCUUGCUUCCAUAUAGCAUGAAUUGUAUUAAAAAAAGGUGGUCAGGUGAACUGAAGGGGUGACUUUGAGAGAAAACUAAGAACAGCUCUUUGGAAGACUGUAAUGGAAAUUAGUUAAAGUAGUAUAUAUUGAGCAAGAGGGCCUGCCAGGCAGUUUGACAGACUUCUAAGACAAAGGGACUUGUUCUGACAAAUUCAUGUGUGGAUGAGGAAGAGGCUUGGUUCUGCUGCUUUCUUUGGUUCAGCUUAAGGAACAGUAUCUGUGUGUAUGUAUACUGGGGCAGGGGAAUAUAAAGUAGAUGAAAAGGGGGUGGAAGAAUGGGAGAUAAACAUGACUUCUGAACUUGCAUUUCCUCAUGGCAGAAAAGGAUGUAAAGGCAGUUUGGGUAUACAGAGAUGGACAGCUGCAAGUCGGUAGGAUUGCGAGUCCCCCAGUACUGCUCAGCACUCAGUGUUCUUUAUUGGUGCUGGGAAAGUAUUGAUAAAUUUCAUUUAGAGCCUUGGAGCUCCAGAAAACCCAUCGUGGUGGGGUUUUGGCAGUUUGUAAGAACUUGCAAAGUGCAGAAACAACGUUAUUGUUUCAUUAGGCACAUGGGUCUGUAGUAGUGAAUGUAACAGGAAAACUCUGCUCUGAGUAAGAAGAGGCUAUAAAAAUAAAGGCAUGGCAUGUUAGAAAAACAGUCCUUUCUUUCAUCCUCAUUCUUAAAAAUAAAGAAGGAGCUGAAGAUUGGUAGCCAGAAUUCUUGGAGAUUGAAAGAACGAUCUGUAAACACUUGAGAGACUUGGUAGUUGCAAGAAGAUAAGAGGGAACCCCCUUAACAGCCUUCAUCAGAAUUCCUGAAUUGGGCUCCUUCGCUCUGGCUGCUUCUCCCUAGGGGUCUGCAUCUUAUCUUGCUGGCUUCCUUUCCUCUAUUUGCCUCUGACUAAUAGGCUUUGUCUUCUGGUUACUGGAAGUCUAAUUUUUUUUGUUGUCUCUUCCCCCUUCCUCCUUUUAAAAGUACUAGAUUAAAUGGCUGUAAUGUUUUGCAGAUUAUUUGCAUUGGUGACAUGGAUUAAUUGUAUACUUGACUCUAAGUUAUUCAGCAGUAAUGACAUAGUAACUUGACUUGAAACAAUGGUAAUUUCAUGGUAAUUGUUCAAGGCGAAUGUUGCCUCUUGUAAAGAGCCACCUGCAGUUUACCCCCUGUAAACAUAUGACACCAGUAAACUGUCUGUGCUGGUUUUCUUGGUGUCUCCUGUACAGUAAGUUGUCUCAAGUGUGUCUUUUGAAAGAGUCAGCUAUCUCUCUCGUCCCCUCCCUCCUGCCCCCCUUGACUCUAGUUUGAGUGAGGUAAUUACAGGUCUGGGUUGAAGCCUUCCCAGGGAGUGAUCAGAAAAGCCAAGACUUGCAGAUGUGCUCCCAUCGUUCGCUUGUCCCUUUACUUCACCCUUUUAUGAGAAGGUUUUGUGGAACCACUCAGCUAUUGGUAACUGGCUGUCAGUGAGCAAGUCUGAGAGCCCCGGGGGUGGUGGUGGUUGGCAAACCAAAGGGGAGCUCUGCUUUUCCUUCACACAAAUGCCGGUAUUCUUCAUGGUGAGAUAAGAAGGUUCUCCUUGUUACAGUUUGGUGAUGUUUUUACCUUCUGAUCUCAGUGUUAAGCAAAACAGAGCAAAUAGGGAAGAGAAAGUGAAUCAAAGCUUCUUGCCUAAAAGAUAAUCUGAGAACUAAUCCAUUUAGACUUGUUAUGUCUCCUUUUUAUCCAUGUGUCUUGGGGGGCAGCUCUCCAGUCCAAUGAUCUGAAUCUUGAAGAAAGCAGAAAAUCUGGAUUUUAUGUAAAGGUUAUUUAAAAGCAAUGGUUUGCUCCUAGAAGAGUGACGGUUAGGGGACUACUUAGCUGUAAGUAUUAAAGAACUCUUUCACAGAAGUAGGAAUACUGUAGGGAAACCAACAAAAGCAUAGGUGGUGAGACAGGAUUCCAGUAAAGAGAAUGAGCUAGUAUAGUCUUCUGGUGUCUCAGAAAGAAUAGUUAUAAAUGCUGUUCUGUCUGUGACAUCUGUUUUGUGAAAGACAAAACUUACUUAGCAAAAUGUGAGAAUGCUGCUACUGACCUCCUGUCACAGUUUGUUAUUCCCAGAAAGUCAGACCGCCAAAGACAGUAUGACAGUCAUAGUUAUUUGUUGUCUCACUUUUCCUAUUUAGUGAACAUAAGUGGGGUUUUUUUAAAACCAAAAGGAUUAUGUGCUCCUGGAAAAUACCAGUCUUAUUUUUGCAUCUACGUAGUAGCAGAAAGUGGCAGUUUUCAGUUCUUACUCUGAAAUUUUCUAGUGUAACACCACCUUUCCUUCUGUAACUUUGAAACAUGUAAUGUAGUCAGUCUUAUCCUUUGUUUUGAAAUUGAAAGGGAGGGAGAAAAAUCAUCCUAAUGCCUAUGAUUAUGGGAGGUGUGUAUAGCUUAGUAAUAGACUUAGAAACACAAAUGUCCUAGAACUUGGUUUUGGUCAUAUGCUGACUGUUCAAUAUUUUCAUUGCAAAUGUAUCUGUACAGAAAGCCUUGAGAGCUCUGGGUCAGCACAUAAAUGGGCAGUCUGGAAGUGCCAAAAGUCUGAUGUAUACUAGCUUCAGGCACAGUUAACUGUGCUUGGAGUUAGUGAUUAUGUCUCAUGAAGCUCAGGGUAGAUACCUACACAGCAUAUGUCUCUUGUGAGACACAGGUCAUCAAGUGAAAUCAAGAUAUAUGAAAACUUAUUAAAAGAACCAUGCAUGUUGGUUGAAGCUGCCACUAGAUUUCUCAAGGAGAGCUAGGAGUCUCAGUUAUAACUAAAGACUGAAGUUCAAGUAUUCAGAGGAGUUCCUGGUAGAGUUAACAUCUAAAUACUGCAGCAUCCUUUGUACAGUGUUAAAUGUUAGUGCCAUUCACUGUAAUAGGGAAGUUGGGACUCAAGUAGAGAGAACUUGGCUCUCUGCAGGUGGCUUUGUGUAUUUUCUGCUUUAAAAACUGCAGUCAGUUUAAAAAUCCAAGCAUAUGCUCUUAAAGCACUUUCAGAUGCCAGUCCUUUCACUUAGAGCAAUUCUUUGUAUGUAACUUAAAUAUGAUUCCAGUAUUUACUUGGUCAGCUGGUAAUGAAGUUCCUGCACAACUGCAUGAAAUGAGUGAUUCUUUUGGCUGGCAGCCUGUAAACUAUGUUAUGCUUACUGAGAUGGCUUACAGGCCUUCUGUAAUCUCCUUAUGAGCAUCUGCUGCCAGAAGUGAUCUUGUGAGGGGGUCUGGAUCUUGUCUUUAGACUUGUCCCUUUGAUGCCCUGUUAGGUGGCUGUAUGGGUCACAGUUCUCACAGCUGCUUUGUGCUGGAGAUGGGGCACUGUUCACCAGAGCUGCUGGAAGGACUUCCUGUUUUUUGUGUGAUUGGUGUGUCUUUUUCAUUGUCAGAAGUAUAAAGUUAUUCACUUAUUACAAUUAGUUUAAAGCAUAUCUUAUUAUUACAGAAAUCACUUGAUAUCUACCUGAAUUAUAUUCAGCUGAAUGUAAUGGAAGAAGGUACCUCAGCUGCUUUGAGGUGAUAUCUGCUGGCAGAACCCGGUGCAAAAGAAAAAUCUGUGUGCACUUAGCUCAGUUUAAAAGUAAAUGUUUUUUUCCAUUGCGGAGCGGAUUGUAGACCGAGGUGGUUUUCCAAAGUUAUUCUGGUUUGGCUGCUUGCAGUUUUCCGUAGAUUAAGUUACGGAAUUGACUGAGACAGAGUAAGGUAAAUAUUUGUAGCACAGCUACUUUCAGAUGCUUACAGUGGGCUGCAUCUGUGUCAAAUAUCUGAGGGUCAUGAUUUCUGUUGGUCCUGUAAUCUGCAGCUUUGCUGUAGAGAUGUGAACUGGUUGUGUCUGAGCAAAGAGUAGCUCUUCCGCUGGCUUGUGCUGCUUUAAUUAUUCAUAAUACAUACCGAGGUGCUAAAGGUCUAUCGUGCUGUGCAAAAGUUAGUGUUCCUGGAAAAAUACUGAAGGAUUAUUCUUUUACAACUCUUUGCAUGUUAAAGGGGAAAAAAAAAAGCCACAAACCUCAUCAGAUGAUGACUUGCUUUUUCGUAAGUGCUGGACCUUGAGAGUUGUAUGGCUUUUGACAAGGAUCUCGGGGGAGGCAGGGAAGAUUGAUAGUUUUCAAAUGGAUGGAGUUGAGUUGCUCAGUGACUGAAUCUUUGUUUUUUGAAGGUGGUAGAUUCAAACUCAUCCAGGGUUUGAGUUAUGUGCAGUGAAAUAAACAAGUUUGUUCAUGUCUAAGUAUGUAUGAGGUAGGGGAUUGGAUGGAAUCUGGUUGGGGUUCUGGUUUCAGCUUUACUGAAAACUGAUGGCUUGAUCUUGAACAGCCAUGUCAUUUGGCUGUCUUGAAUUCCCCUAUGCAUGUUGUCUUGCUCAUAGCCUAAAUAGACUUCUCAAAACAAGUGCUGUUGUGCUUGAAUUAGUUCAUUAAUUUAUUUACAUUACAGAAGCACCUGAAGGCACCCUUCUAAGAUUAUAUGUUAUUUAGCUAACUGGACUAGGGUUUGCUCUGUGAAAAUAAAAUAAUCCUAACAAAUCAUUCCACCCACCUAAUAAAGUAGGAUGAAGCACAUAAUAGGAAAGGAUUUAAGACUUUUUAAUGGGGCCAAGUGGAAAAACAAUGACUAGUAAUAGGUAAGUAAGGUAUUGUGUGGUUAAAAAGUGUAAAAGAAAGGGAUUUGAGGAUGAUGCGUCUGCUGAAAAAGCUGUUUAAGGAAUGUGCCUUCCAUGAGAAAAAGUAAUAAGGUACCUUCACUCUCUCUUUCCCUAUAAUUUUUCACAUUAUUAUUAAUUUUUUCUUGAGCUAACCUUGUAAAAUUAGCUGUAUACAGUGAACUACAAAUCCUAAACAUCUAUUCCAUUUUUUUCUUAAGACUACUUGUUGGAGUUGAAACACGAAAUGUGGUGUUAUACCCUGUGUCUUAGUAGGGUGCUUUUCAAGAGUCCGUAAAACAGGUUUCUUCUGCCCAGAGCCUUGAAUGGAAAAAUCUCCCUUGAGGUCCCAGCCCUGGACUUGAAGUGACGGCACACCACGUUGAGGUGCAGUUGUUUGUUAAGAGAUUUUUGGCUGCUUCCUGGUGAGUGUGGGGCUUCUUCUAGGAAGAGGUUUGAUGAUAGCUGUGGUUCUUGGCACUGAGAGUUGGCCCAGCAUUAUGGACUGUAGACAUGGGGAAACAGUUUCUGAAUCUACUGUUACUUGAGUUGGCUUUUUUUUAAGGUACUUUUGUACCGGCCUCUCUCUUCCCUUCCAAACUAGUUAAGCCUUUCCAGUAUGGUCUUAAAGAAGUCCACAUCUCAUUUGAGAAAGUGUUCAGGCUUCUACCCUGCACAUUGUCUGGCUUGCUUUUCCUGUUGACUGCCAUUUAGCCUUCUGCCAAGUGGCAACCAAAGCUCUGCAUAGUCCCUUUUCAUGCAUCGGUAUAACUAGUUUCUGCUCUGAUACAGGUGUGUUUUGCAGAGACAAACUUUACCCAGCGUGAUCAGAUUUCUAAAUCCAGUUUGUUUCCAAAGCUCAAAGCGAGGUUAAUAAGAAAUAGUUUGUCAGUGUGUUCCAAAUCAGGAUAACAAAGUUUCCAUCUAUAUGCCCCCAGAAUCAAAACGUGGCUGUAGUUCAUUGAAAGGUGCUUGAACUGCAGGAAGCCUGACAAACUAAUAAUUCAUUUUAACUAAUUGCAGCAGGACUUUCCUGCUUUUAGACUUCCUCUUAAGUAACUUUGCAUAAAUGUAUUUCUGCAGCAGAGGUGUGGAGCAGAUCUGUGUGACAGACUGCUGCUAGCACAGCGUUUGGUUAGGGAUUUGGUGAGGUGUCUUCUGGGCUAAUAAAAGCCCAUAAUGUGCCUGUUGUGCUGGAGUCAGAGUGCUUUUGCUGAGAAAGUUUCAUGGCAGGUUAUGACUUGAAAUAAGCAGUUUCCAUAACUGCUUAGUGAUGGCUUUGCUGACCGAAGCUUUGUUUAUGCAUUAACACUUACGCACCAAGUGCUUUGGUGCUGUAGUACAAAACUCUUAACUGCACACAGUAAAAUCUUCCACAUGCAGAGCUGAUCCUCUGUUUCUGCCUGCUGAAGAGGGAAACGUUAUCACUAAUUCUUCACUGAUUCUCCACAGAAAAGCAAAGUAAGUUGCCUUUUGUGAGAACACUAUCAGCCGUUACCCCUGGAAAAGCUGCUGAGGAUGAGUGUUGAGGGAGGUGGCAGCUUUGGCGCUGUGGUGUUCUGCAGUGUGAUCCUCUGUGCACCAGUGCUCAGGAGAGCCAAAGUCACAGGGGGGAGAUAGACACAGGUGCAAAGAGAUGCAGGCGAGCAAAACAAAGGUCUCAAUAAUCCUGAGGGUGCGUGCCGUUUGCUUAUUUUCCCAGUGGACUGCUGAGUGGGAUUGCUAAUGAACGAUGCAGGCUGUUUUUCUGAGUUACUGGAGUGUGACGCUCAUCCUGCACCAGCAAGGGGGGGUGCUUGGUGAUCAUAGCAUAUGGCUAUACCUUGCAACCCUGACCCAAGGACUGAAUUAAAACCUGUGCCAUGAAAGUGUUGAUGCUGCUUUCCACCCCUGCCACAGUCGCAUGGUGUGAUUUAGGAUGAAGUCAGCCACAACGUGUUGCUGUGCUAUGUAUGAUACCCUCUAAAUACAGACUUGAAGAGCUUGUUUUUCAAACUGCCAACUCAUACUUUUUAUUCCAUAUCCCAUAAUUGUGUUGUCACAGAAGUUUGUGCUUGCCACUACGUUAAAAAUUUAAAAAAGGUGAAAUGAGCAACUUGGUAGAAUAAAAGUAGUAAGAAUGGAGGAAGAAUUGUAGGUGGCAGUUCUAACAGAUAUUGAAAUUUCUGGCUCCUGGCUUCAGACUCUGUGUGUGUACAGGUCAGCCAAUGUGGAAACUACUUCAAACAACCUGAAAAGGUUUGGCUUUUGCUGGGUAAGGCUGAACUCCAUCAGAUUCAGCUUCUUUUGAACUUGAAAUAAGUGUUUGCUUCCAGUAUGUGCUGUAGUCAGCUGGAAAUGUAGAUUUGGUGGAUCAUAGAUUUCUUCCAAAGAAAUACAAAUCUGUUUGAAAAGUAGUUUGUUGCGUAAAGUUGCCAUGACAAUGGUUUUUAAAAUGUGAAGUGUAAGAUGUUGACUCUCCUCUGUUUAAGCAGGCUCCUGGGGGAAUGAGGCUGCAUGACGCCCUUGUCCCUCCUGUCUCUUCUUUCCUCCCCCAAUGAUUUGCUUAAGGAAGUAUUUAGUUGCAGGGGGCCAAAAGAAGUUAACGUGGAAGUGCCAGGUCUUACAUUUUCUUAAAUUCUUGACAUUCAUGGGAUGCUAUGGUUGAAGAGAAAGAAAUCCAAGCUAGUACUUCCACUCUAAGAGAGGCAGGAACUCCUCUGUUCCCAUAGAUGUUUAAGCUGGCUGGUGGCUGUGCACCCACAUAGGGUGGCCCUUUCAGCAGGAGUGUAUGCUAAAAGAGCUGUGAGGCCAUGGGGCGGGCGGGGCAAAAGGCUUGUCAUUUGUGUGGAAGGUGAGGUUUGGAAGCAGAGGAUAUAAAUCCAAAGUGAAGUAGGCUUUUUGGACUAUCCAUCUCAAAAGUAAAUGCCUAAAAAUGAUUCAGCAGAGACAGAUUUUUCCUCUGUGUGUGUCUGUUAUGGGUGAAAGUACCACUCCACAGUUUCUAGGGGGUUUGAAGUGUUUUGGAUGCCUGCUUCCCCAGGCUUUUAAAAGCUUUGGUCUGAACUAGCUUUUAUUUGUUGGUCAAAUUUGUCCUAAUCCACAUAUAGGACUCAAGUUUGGGAAAAACUCAACUUCUGUGGAGAUUGGCAUGUGCGUGUUCCAUGUGGAACCCAAGGAGCCUGAAGGAGGCUGUGAAGCUAGUGAAAUGAUUCCCUGUGUAGCUGAAACUAUGUUAGUUGACUGCCGCUAAUGGCAUGUGAGAUGUGUUGAAGAGCAGCUGCGAGGGUGUCAGACGGCAAGGGGACCACUCUAGAAGCUGGGCUCGCAACAUCAUGGGCCAGUGUGUUACAAAGUGCAAGAAUCCUUCUUCUACCCUUGGCAGCAAAAACGGGGAACGGGAAUCUGGCAGCAAGUCACACAGUAAGAGAAGUGCAGUCCACAAAGAUGACCAUGGUUCAGCUUGCGGGAAGUCUUCAGGAGAUAUACUUGUGAAUGGGACAAAGAAAACGGACGCUGCUGUAGAGUCUAGUCAGCCUCCAACAUUUUCUGGAGAUACAAAGAAAGACUCUGUUUCCAGUGCAGAAGAAUCUUCGCUCCAAAGGAUCGGGGAGUUAUUUAGGAGGUAUAAGGAUGAACGGGAAGAUGCCAUACUGGAAGAAGGAAUGGAACGAUUUUGCAAUGACCUCUGUGUUGAUCCCACUGAAUUUAAAGUGCUAGUUUUGGCUUGGAAAUUCCAGGCUGCUACCAUGUGCAAAUUUACAAGGAAGGAGUUUUUUGAAGGCUGCAAAGCAAUAAACGCAGACAGCAUUGAUGGCAUUUGUGCAAGGUUUCCCAGCCUCUUAAACGAAGCCAAGCAAGAAGAUAAAUUCAAGGAUCUCUAUCGUUUCACCUUCCAGUUUGGCCUGGACUCUGAAGAAGGACAGAGGUCACUACAUCGGGAAAUAGCCAUUGCCCUUUGGAAAUUAGUCUUCACCCAAAACAAGCCCCCCAUUUUGGACCAGUGGUUACACUUCCUAACCGAGAACCCCUCAGGAAUCAAGGGAAUCUCCCGGGACACAUGGAACAUGUUUCUAAAUUUUACUCAGGUGAUUGGACCAGACCUUAGCAACUACAGUGAGGAUGAGGCCUGGCCGAGUCUCUUCGAUACCUUUGUGGAGUGGGAAAUGGAGCGCAGGAAAAAGGAAGAGGAAACCAAAUGUAUUACGUCUUUGGACACAGAGGGCCUGUGUGCAGAGGAACAGACUUAGCGGCGUCGAAGCAGCAGUGAUGAAAGCAACCUGUUGCCCUUCAUGAAAUGUAAACUCUGGAUGUUUCUGGAAGUUACCGAGACUCCAGAUUUUUCUACUUUACACCUUUUUCUGCCUUGUCUUUGAAAGGGCUCUAAAAUGCUGUAUCAUGUUUUAGGCACUUUCUUAAUUCUGGUUAUUCCUUUUACUCUUGCCCUGAAAUAUUUGACCCUGGCUACAAGUUAAGCGUUUUUGGGUUGUUGUUUUUUUUUAAGACUUCAGAUUAGUAUAAGUCAGUCUGAUAUUUCUUGCACAAUGUAGAUCUUUUUAGUUAGGUUAAAUUAACAUUGCUAAAUUAUACAGUGCCAGAUUAAGUUUUUCAUACUACAUCUGUCAGGGCAGGUCUGUACUGUGUGUAGUGCUGUUUACAUUGUUGAAAUUUUAGGCUGUAAUAAUUUUAAGGUUUUAUACCAAGAUGAACAGCAGUGUUAACUGUUAACUAUGAAUGCAUUAAUCCCCCAGUAAUAAGGCUCUAAAAAACAACAUAAGCAACAGCUUUUUGUAAUACGGCUAAUUCCCAUUUUAAGCUAACUCCUAGUGAAUGAGUCCAGAUCAUUCCUUUUUUUGGAGUUUCAAACUAAAUGUUGGGAUUGUUUUAUAAAAUUACUGUACCUGUCAGUCAACUGAGUCGUAGAUGAUGAUUUGUAUCUAAAUCUCUUGCCCAUCAUGUAAUAAAAGAGCAGUACUACCUCAGUUUUAUUGAAAGUGGACUUCUUGAUGGACUUCCAUUUUCUCUGGAAGUUGUAUUUUUGUGGUUAUGUGAGAAUAUUUUUACUUGACUAAAAGAACCAAAGGUUCUGCUUCUUAAGUUUGCUAAACAUUGACAGAAGCAACACACAAACCCUAAGUCUUCAAGGAAAACUGUGGUAUAAUUCUGCUUUAAUUUGUUUGAUUUAUACCUAAAGUAUUAUCUUACUUGUCUGGCAAGCACAGUACUUCCAUGUAAGGAACUAUCUUUUGCAUUAAUAUUGACAAACCAAUUUUUUAAAACCUAUGUUUAAUUGCUAGAUCGCAGUUAAUACUCCACAAUUCCUGGAGCAACAAUAUCGGCAUCUGAUGACAAAGUGAAUUCUUAAUGUGUUCUUAAUUACAACAGUGUAGAUGAGUCAUUUUUAGACUGAUUUGAUAAUAUUUGGAUAGGAGUCAAUUUAUUAUUUUACAAUGCCUGUAUUGGGACUAUUUGCCUGUUGAAACUGUUGUGACUUAAAGGGAGUUUUAUUAACACUGGUUGAAACUUUUUUGGUUAUUGAUGCUACCUUUUUUAAUUUUAGUAUGUCAAUUUUUUUACGCCUUUUGGUAAAAGGGAUGAUUGCCAAGGCUUUCUACAGAGCUAAGUACUGGCUUAAUGAAUUUGAUACACUUCCAUUACACACCUUUUAUUUUCAGAGCUGCAUUUCAGGAUCAUAAACCAGCUUCAAUGAAAAAAACCAAAACAAACAAAAAAAAAUCCUGGACAGUCAUCUAUAGCAUCUAAUGGCUUUUGUUUUAAAAGGGUUUUAAAGCUAAAGGGAGACAGAUUUUACGUGGCAAGCUUGUCACUGGAUCCAGGAUGGCAUGCUUUGCACAUCUGCUGUGCCCCAGAGGGGUUAGCAGAGAGAGGAGGAGGAUCUGCCUGAAGUCUGUCACUGGCUUUGCUGGUGUGCAGCCUAUGCAAUAGCUUGGGUCCGAGAUCUUAAGUCACUAACAAAAUGUGGGUAUUGAAAACUGUUUAAAAAACAAACCCACAAGCCACAGAUAGCAUCUCUUUCAUAUAAUAAAAGGAGAGUUUGGUCCAUGCUGCUUCUGCAAGCUCUUGCUGGGAGAUGUGUUAAGCUGUGGAAAACAAAUGUAGUUGUUCCAGACUCAGCUGAGUCUGUCUCUUUGCAGGAGGGGAGCCCUGAACUUGCUGUAUUGUAGGGAAAUAUACCCAAAGCUUUGUCCUUGCUACUAUAACCUUCCAAGCUACCAUGGCACAAGUACUAUUUGGCAGCAAAACCUUGUUCUGAUUUGGUGAGCAAAGCAGGCGAAAGCACUUGUGCUGGUAUAACUGAAUUUAUGGUGAGACUUUUGCUGGUGCUGUUAUUUUAGAAACAGGAAAAAAAAUCCCCGACAGAGGCUACUUUGUUAGCAAAAGUUCCAAAUGGAGACCUGAUUUGAUAGUAGAUGAGGACUGUAUUUAUAAGUUUGAGGCUACUCAUUCAUUCAGCUAUUAAACUCUUUGUUCCUCACUUAAAAUUACUUUUUUCCUAAGGAAAUGUAAAAUGUCCAAAGUGUGAAAACGUAGCUAUUCAAAUGGAUAGCCAGCACACGCACAUGAAGUCGUGGCAGUGGCUGCUACCGACUUAUACACCAAACUGCAGCAGUUCCAAAGGAUGAGGGACAGAGCUCUUUAAGGAAGGUGUAUAUCUUGUGGUCUGAGUGUGGAUUGCAGUGACGAAAUCGAUUUGUAGCACAUCAAGGCUUAGCCCAUUUUAGUGCAUCAAAUGUAACACAGCUUCGUUUUAAAGAUGGUGGUGGUGAAUAUACAGGAAGGGGAAAAAAAAAAAAUCUUAUUUCCUGUUGUGGGAAGGGCAUACAAGUCUCAGUGGCUGAAGUCCUGUGCUUUCAGUAUGAGGACAGCCUUGCUCUUGUUUGCUGCUUUCUGUCUACCAGAAGCAACUCCACCUGUUGGCAGAAUACUUGCAAAAAUAGUCAGAUGAUCUGUCUAGGAGUUGGACUCGAUCCUUGCGGGUCCCUUCCAACUCAGGACAUUCUAUGAUUCUACAAUCUAGCAAAGCUUAUUCUUAGCCUAACUUCAGUUUUCUAAGGACCAUUUACAGAAUGCAAGCAAGACCUGUACCAGUUUUAAACUCUUGAGCUAGGAGCUGAAGGUGCAACUCUUUGCUGAAAGUGAGAGAGAGCAUCAGACCUCCCCUUCGAUUGCCUGGUGAUUUUAUGAUCCUAGACAAGGAUAGACCGUACUCUAAUGCUGGUGUACCUGUGUGGGAGUGGGGUUUUGUGCAUGUUUCUGAGAAGCCUUUAACAAUAUUGGAGCAUCUGAAAAUAUGCUUGUUUAAUGGUUAAACUGUGAAUAUCUGCGGAACAGGCCAAAUACAUUCACUCUUCAUUUUUAUAUAAUUUAAAUCUUCAUUGUGUUGGGCACAGGAGUGUAGUGAGCAGUGAUGCUGCUGGAAUCCUUGAAACCAUUGCAACUAUUUAAUUUUUUUUAAUUAGAGUUUGCAUUAGCAAACUUGAUGCAUGUAGUGAAUCUGCUGCAACUUGGGUUAAAUAACUAUAGAUAACUAUAUAGAAAGUUUUAGUAAUGUACUGGAAAACUGGUCUGAUAUCCACACUCCGUGGCAUUUUACUGCUUGCCCUUAUAUGCAAAGAAAUACAACUCCUGUAAACUUUACUCCCAAGUAAUAAAACACUGUCCAUCUGCACCAUAUUAUAGUUUGCAAAACCUUUAAAAUUUGGCUCCCAGAUCAACUGGAGGCUCAGUUGUGCUAAUUUUUACUUGUAUGGGUGUGCUUCUGAGGUCAAAGACUAUUUAUUAAUUCAAGUAAGGAUUUGAAAGAUUCCACCCAUAAAAUAUGACCGAGGAAAUUAAUUGAAAUUGAAUGCUGAAUUGUGAGUUUACUUGCUGCUGGUGCUAUUCUAUAAGGAGAAUUAUAGCUUUUUUAAUACUGUGCAAUUGUAAUGAAAGAACCGCCGGAGUAAUAAAUGAAGGUGUGGCAGGUGGUGUAAAAUCAGAUAGCUGAAGCCUGUGGCAGUUCUGUCUGCCCCAGGGUGAGCGCUGGCUUCCCCAGACUGGCAGGGCAGAUCUGCUCAUGGAUCAGCCUCUGAUCCACUGUAGCUUUUCAGCCGAGUACAUUUAAGAGCACAGAAUGAGUUUGCCCUGCUCUGCUGAGGAGUGAGUGACUCGGGACUGGUUGCAAAUAGAUGCAGCCCCUCUUCCUGAAGGCAGGGUGGCUGUCAGGUAGGGGGCUCAGGGCGCUGGGGGCAGCAGCAGCUUUGCCUGUGUGACCUUUAUUUCAUUCCUUGCAUGUCCAUCAGAGCCCGAAGAACCCAUGGAUCCCAGGACAGGUACUAGCUUGUCACCUGUGGUUCACAGGCAUGGCUAUGCACUGACUAGUGACCUUAGUGUUUUCAUGAUACUGUCAACAUAAGUAUCUUCCUUACAGUUCUAAGCCUUGUUUCCAAAAAAAAAAAAACCAAAAAAACAAAACAAAACAAAAACCAAACCAACCAAACAACCCAGCAAAAUUAAAGAAACACCACAUAAUUAGAAGCCACCUCAGCUGUGAUGUAAUUUGUUGGCUGAGGUUACAUCAUUCCCAUUCAUCAGAAAAUUAUAGUCAUUGUGAGUUUCUGGGUCUUGCAGCCUUGUAAUCUGCAGUGUGAUCCUUGGUAAACUGGGCACCCAGUUCUUCCCUUGAGCCCGCUCUGCUCGAAACGUGUGCAUGUGAAUUUAGCUCUUGAUAUUAAAAAGGAAGAUGCUUAACCUGAAACUCAAAAUUUGUCAGGGUGGUGUUUCAAUGUACAGCAAAACCUAAAUAUUUUUUUUAAAAUAAGUAAUGAAAGCUAAGUGUCUGCUUAAAUUUUGUAGUGUGCAAACAAAACCACCAGUGUUAAAAUUUUCUCUCUGGACUAUUGAAGAUUGAAUCUUUGGUUUUAUAUUGCCAACUGAAGUGAAAUACAUGAGAUUGUAAGACAGAAGGCUGUAACUCCUUCACUAUGAAGUACAUAGGUAUCUCUACCUCUUGUUCUUAGACUUGAAUAGUUUAAGGUUACCAUCCUUUGCUCCCAGGAUUUUAUGCCUGGAUGAGUAAUCUUUUUUUUUUUAUUUGACCCAAGUUAAGUAUUAUCUAUUUGCUAUACUUUUUGGUAUACUGCUUUUAAUCUGCAUGCAACUGACACUUUGAAAGGGAGCCAAGUCAAGCUGCAAACAGAAGUGGCAGUCCCCCUGGGUGCUAGUUUUGGAGUGCAAUAGAGUGACCAACUCAAGCUACAUUGCAUGUGGCUCAGGGGCUUUAAUCAUCACACAUCCUCUUCCCUAGCUGGGAUACCUGUACUGACAAUGAAUUGAAGACAGAACAGCUGCUCCCCAAGAGGGGACCAUCAGCCUUUUCAUUGGCCCUUGGAAAACUUGAGGAACCUGCCUGAUGCAGUGCCGUGCACGUAUUUUUCUUUUGAUGAAAAAUACUGUGUUAUGUUCCAUUGGGCUGGACCUGUAACCCCUAGCAAAGAUGGGAGCUGCAAAAGUGAGGGCUACACACAUCUGUUUCCUCCCUGAGGUCAGAAUCUUGCUCAGGGUAAAACCCUUACACUUGAGCAAUACUGGAGAGCUCUCAAGUGUAUUGGAGAUGCCAGAGUGGCUUCAGUGCUCAGCUAUGUGCAUUAACGCAUUUAGGUGGUGUGCCUCUUUCAUGCAACACAACUGUGUCCCUUGCUUUCCUCCCCCAAAGAAAAUUGCAGCAUAAUUACUGUCGUGGCAGACCCCAGAUAGAUGCCAUGCUGUAGCAACUGUUGCUACGAGAUUCUUCUUCCAGGUUGAGGUUUUGGGGCGUGACCUCUUGCACUGUCUGUACAGGCACGUAUUUCAAGAGAGCAGGGGGAUGUGUGAGACAAUAGGUAAUAAAGGAGCAUGAACAUACUAGUCCUGCUAACAGCUUGCCUUAAAUAACUGAAAUUACAGCGGUUCCUUGCUACUACUGCAAUCCUCAGUCUCUCUGUAGUUAGGUUUUAAAAUCCAACAAGUUCUCGAGGUCAUAAACUUUAUUUUUAAAAAGCUUCAAUCUUUGCGUAAUUGCACUUUUCAGAUAAGUCCUUUCUGGAUAAAAUGUAAUUUCACACACAAACAGAAAAAACUAUCCAUCUCCAAUGUUCUUGAUGUAAAGUUUUGGGUUCCCCCCCCCCACCCCGUGUAAGUUAUAUUUGGACUAAAGGUUGCCUACUGUUGAAUCAACGUGUUUACUUGAAUGUUGCCAUUUUAUGCAGUUACAACUUGCUCCUCUCUGGGCCCAUGAGAGGGGAGAUCGUGUGACCAGAGGUGGCAAACCUGCACAGAGGAUCAGUGGGGCUGAAGGCUGGCUGCUGUUUUUAUACUCCCAUAUGUAUUAAAUGUUAGAGGACUUCACAGAAUAGUGUUUAAUAUUUUGAAGUUGUGACUUUUUAAGUCACGCUAAACAUAGUUACCUUAAAAAUACGCUUGCUUUCUUAUGUUUAAAAGAGCCUUUUAAAAAGGAGAUGCUGGCAGGAGUGGUUGGAGGGCCUCGUGCUGUUAGUUGUUGAGUAACUUGAGUUCCAAGAGACAUGGAUGCAACUGGCUGGAUUAGGUCCUGACCCAGCGCUACUGGGCUUUGCACUGGCUGGUCUUGAGGGUGUGAAGCAACUGCAAGUCCUUGACAGGCUGCAUGGAGGAGAAGGGUCAGCCUGGGAGAGCUGGUUGACGCAGCUGGAUUUCUUGGAGCACUUGCUUGUGGAUCUCGGCCCCAAUUUAGACUCAAGUCACCCUUUUUAUGGAAGGAAUGUGUUUUGAUAGUGUUUGCUCCCGGAGAAGUAACUAAUUCUAACUGAGGAGAUAAUGAGAGUACACCUUCUUGUGGCUUCCACUGAAUAGCACGUGAGUACAACUAGCUGAUAAAAUCUCCCAGUUCCUCAGUAAACCAGCAAGGGUGGAUAGGAUCGGAUCUGCCGUUUUUCAUGUUAGGAGUAGUUUUUGCCUUUUUGGACUUGCCCAAGAGAUAACCACAUACGAUCCAGUUUUCUCACUCUGGGAAACGAUGAAUGUAUGGUGUGUUGUGGAGCAGACCCGUGCUUCCUCUUUCAGACAGCCGUAUCAGAAGUGCUGUGUAAACGUAAUGCUUGAAAAUGGCUGGAGUAAAUUCUGUUUCAUGUAGGAUCUUUUUCUAAAGGCAUGUGGCCAAACUUGAAACCAUGAUCUACAGGAAAAGUGGGAGAAGUUCAAGAUGACACAUCUACUGAGUCCCAUUUGGUUUGUAGUUUUACAAUUACUUUGCUUAUAUCCAAUUUUGCUCACUGUUGUCUGGAACAGAAUGGAAACAGCAUCUUCUAGAAUGUGCAAUCUAAGGCACAAUGCAAAUAGCCUGUAAUAAGAAGGUUGUCUUUACUUGAUAGCAAUCCUGAGUGCAAUGUUUUUGUCGUGUCCCUUUUGGAAGAAGAGCAUUAAGUGCAGUCUGAGGUUUUUCUUUUAAGCAAAGCAUUGGUUUGUCCAUUACUGACUUCUUGUGGAAUUUGUGCCAGAUGUAUAUUAAAUAUUUUGGUGCUUUUUCUAAUCCAAGCUGCCAUUCAUUUACCUGUGAGAUUAUUGUACUUCUGUAUAUUUAAAUGACCAAUCCCUUAAAGGACAAAAAAAGAAAAUCCUUUAGUCACAAUGUA